AUGCGUGCUUCAAUUGCCGUCGCCGCCAGUCUCCUGGCCCUCGCCCACGCCCGCAUCACAGGCAUAUCCGUCCCCGAGACCAUCAAGCCGGGCGACACCAUCAACGCCACCAUCAUCAGCGAGAACUACAUCCAGGCCGUGUACGACGUAGCCAUUGCGUUUGGCUACGCCCCGGGCCACGGAACGCCCGAGAGCCUGGGACUCGUCGCGGGGUCAAUGUAUCUCGGUCCCGGUACGGUUUAUGAACCCUCCUCCCUUUUGGCUGAUGAGCGCUUACAAAAAAAACGAGCAGGUGAAUCGAACCAACUACACAGUUUCACCAAGCAGUUUGCUAUUCCGCAAAACGCCCCCAGAGGCAAGGGCCUCAUCACCGCCAGCUUGAUGAGUCUGUACGGCGCGCUGCACAUGCCCACGCUGAGCAACUACAACGUCAGCGUUACGUUUGGCGACGAGACGUCCACCAAGUAUGUUUCCAGCCAGUCCUAG